AUUUUUGAGUAGCAAGAAAUUUAGAAAAGAAAUAAACCCUUACUUUUGAAGUCACCCACCAAUUACUUCACUCCCAUUCAUUCUCAUCCAGUACUAUAAAAUAACGCACCGACCUAACUCAACCUCUGUCCUAAAUCUUGUUUCUUCAAAUUUACACGCACACCAGAACACCACCUCAAUCACGGUUUCACCUUCAUCGGAUUUGAUUCCUCAAUAAUUCUCCAUUUACUGCCACUAAUUAUUGGAAGUUCUGGUUUUCUAGUACACUGAUGGCUAACCCAAGCAGAAAUUCUACACAAACAAUGUCGUUGGACUCCAUGGAACAGAAGGGGAAAAAUAUUACUGAAUCUAAUGCAAGCAUAAGUCAAUGUCCUUUAAGCCAGCAACACCGUAACUCCUUAGAUGGUCCAGUAGCUAUCCUUUGGGAUAUUGAAAAUUGUCCUGUUCCAAGUGAUGUACGCCCAGAUGAUGUGGCAGGUAACAUAAGAAUGGCUCUGCAGGUGCACCCAGUAAUUCAAGGAGCUGUUACGACAUUUUCUGCUUAUGGAGAUUUCAAUUCUUUCCCGAGGCGACUUAGAGAGGGCUGCCAGAGAACCGGUGUUAAACUGAUUGAUGUUCCCAAUGGGAGAAAAGAUGCUGCUGACAAAGCGAUCUUGGUUGACAUGUUCUUAUUUGCUCUUGACAAUCCUCCACCGUCCUCUAUCAUGCUAAUCUCUGGAGACGUUGAUUUUGCUCCAGCACUCCACAUUCUUGGUCAGCGUGGAUACACUAUAAUUCUUGUCAUCCCUGCUGGGGUUGGUGUUUCAUCUGCUCUAUGCAAUGCUGGUAAAUUUGUCUGGGACUGGCCAAUUGUGGCUCGUGGAGAAGGUUUUGUUCCCCCUUCAAAGGCUUUGGUGGCACCCCGUGGAGGUUCAGUUGAGCUUGCUGGAUAUUUGAUGGGAUGCCAUAUCAACAAUGACAACACUGAGGGACAAAAUGAAGAAGAAGCGAUAGUUUAUAGAGGGAUGUCACAGAGCUAUUACAACUCAAGGGAAUUCUCAAUGGUAUCACAAUCUCUGUCGGAAUAUAACUCACCAUACAUGCCUUGCUUGCCAACAUCUAUGAGAUCUUAUAGCCUUCCAUCUGGAGUGAAUGAUGUUGCAGGAGGACCUAUUCCUUAUAGCGACAAUACUGAAUGCCAGAUGUGGGUACAGCCUGGGGAUUUAAAUGGUCUCAAGGGUCAGCUGGUAAGGUUGCUCGAACUUUCUGGAGGAUGCGUGCCCCUGGUCCGAAUUCCAGCAGAGUACCAGAAAAUUUAUGGUAAGACACUUUUUAUAUCUGAUUAUGGGGCAUUCAAGUUGGUCGAUCUUUUCAAAAAAAUGGAUGAUGCUAUUUCUGUGGAAGGGAAAGGGGCUCGCAGAUUUGUAUAUCUCAAAAACAGGAAGGGAGGCCCAAGUGCUCCUCAGGUGUCUCUUGCAAAGAAAGAUAAGAAAGGAAAAAGGGAACUGGAAGAGAAUGCAAAUGUUGUCAAUGGUAGCUGCUCUUCAGAUGAGUUGUCAGAUGAAGAAAGAGUUGUUGUAGAAGAACAUGAUGAAAGAAGUUUUACAGGAAAGGGUAAUAAGGGGAGAGCAGUCAGAUGUGAAAUUGAUGGCAGUGUUGAGCAGUUUAAGUGUGAGCUGCAGGAGAUUCUGGUCAGCUAUUCCUGUCGGAUACUUCUAAGUUGUUUUGAGGCUGUAUACCAGCAACGAUACAAGAAACAGUUGGAAUAUCAGAGAUAUGGUGUGGAUAAGCUGGAGGAUUUGUUGGAGAAAGUGAGUGAUGUGGUAACAUUGCACGAGGAACCAGUAAGCAAGAGGAAAUUCCUGGCUGCUGUCGAUGCUUAGAAACUUAAGCAAGAAACUGCUUGCUAUUUUGUUUUAACCUUUCUGGUGUUUUUAAGGCAAAUCCUAAUAUGUCUUAAGAGCACCGAUUAAGGAAUCAAAGGUGAAAAGCUAUUAUUGAAAAAUGUAGUAUUUAAUAUUACUAAUGCUAUAUUUUUCGAUAAAAAAGGUUCUAUAUCUUGAUUUCUUAACCGCAGGGUGCUCUUUGUGAGAACCCUUAAAUGUACCACCAACGCUCAGAAAAUACGUCUUUUCCCUAGCCACAUCAUCUGUUUCUGUUAAUUUAUUUCUUUUGUCUUGUAAACAUGAUAUGCUGGGCGUAAGUGUUUUUUUAUAGUCACUGUCCUGCAUGUAUUUGAACCUUGUAUAAUUCCUGUGCUCCUUAUUUCCAGUAAGUUGGGAGAAUGUGUAACACUAAUAGUUUUUUCACUUUUAUCCUGGAUUCAAUCUUGAUAGUCAUAAACAGUUUUUAUAUGUAUGUUGACGUAUUGAGAUACUAAUUCCUAUUUGAACAUCAUUCUUUUUA